ACUGAUCGGACGUUUCUCACAAAACAAUCCUAAUGCUCACUAAAACACUCGGAAAACUUCGCGUAUGUAACACGUCAUUGUGAGUGGUAAACUGAAGUUAAAAUAUACGUGAAAUAAUAUAAUGUAGUGCGAAUGUUGUACUAAACAUUUUGGCGGGAAACGCACCGGCAACGCGUUCCUGACGUGAAUGGUAUCGUCGCAGAGGCGGCGCAACGCUCGAGGGUGAGGAGGAAAAUGUGCGCGAAGCGAGUGCGGCAAAGGACCAUAGUUUGUUGUGCGGACACAACGUGUGCGGUGGUCGGUUGUGAGACGAUGUGUGCGUAACUCGAGCACGACGUCGAACGAUUCCGAGUGGGGGAGGCUGGCGAUCGCGGCCAGCGAUGGGAUGGACUUUGUGGUGGGCAAUGACAGCGUGCCGACGGACGCGGCGGCGCAGCAGGCCGCGGAUCUCUACAACUACUGGGCGUGGAGCAUCAUGGACGGCACGCUGAUGCUGCUCAUCGUGAGCGGCAACACCCUGACCAUCCUCGCUGUCACCCUCAGCCGCCGCCUCUCCUCGCUCGUCUCCAACCAGUUCGUACUCAACCUGGCCAUCUCUGACCUCAUGGUGGGCCUCACGCUGCCCUACCACCUCGUCUUCUACAUCGAUGACGACUUCGGCAAAGUCAAGUGGUCCUGCCUCAUGAGAUUCAUCCUCAUCAUACUUGCGUGUCUCGCAUCCAUUUACAACAUCAUAGCGAUCGCCGUCGACAGGUACAUAGCGAUCGUGCACCCGCUGCACUACAGUCGCUACAUGACGAAGGUGGUGACGCGGCUUCUGAUGAGCGCAACGUGGUCGGUUGCGCUCUGCAUCUCCUGCAUACCCAUGUUCUGGAACGACUGGCACGACGGUAUCGCCUGCGAAAUGAACCUGGUGGUGCCUAAAUCGUACACGACGAGCAUCCUGGCGCCGAUGUUCUCGCUCAUCUGGAUGGUGAUGUUCGUGCUGUACUGGCGCAUCUGGCGAGAGGCUACUUGCCACGCACGCCGCCUGCGCGCUACCUCAUGUUGCCCCGCCGGCGCCAACGAUUGGAAGAGUAUACAGGUCGUGCUUUUAGUCCUGGGCUCCUUUUCGAUCUGCUGGAUGCCGUUUGUGGUGGUUUCGUGCGCCCAGACGUUGCCCAUCAUUCCGCUGCACAACCCGAUAGUGUACCGGCUGACGUCAUCGCUCGCCAUGUCCAACUCUGGCAUCAACCCUCUGAUAUACGCGUGGAAGAAUGCCGGCUUUCGGGCCGCCUUCGCGAAACUGCUGCGGUGCAAGCGGCCCGACACCUCUGAAUACCGAGGAUCGCCUGCGCCCGAGAGGAAAAGGUGCUCCGUGGCGCUCCGAGAGGGUUCCAUAACGAGGUCGAGUGCCCCCGCUGUGCUGGGCGACUUCGGCGGAACCCCGGCGCGGCUGCUAUACGCCGAGCACGAGCCGGACACGGCGCGGUGCCGCAUCAUAGAAAACGUGGGGUACGUGGACUCGGACGGGGGCGACACCAACCCCUCGUACGCGCCCGACGGGCCGACGCCGGUGCACCGGCCGGCCGACGGACCUCCGGAUGCGGUCUAGUGUGUAACUUUAAACGUUUAUCGAACGUUCAGUGGGAAACGCAAAACGCUUCUAGAUUUUAAAGUUGUUAGCGAGUGUAGGUACCGCACUUCGCACUCGCAUCCGGUAUCUAACUGUUCAAGUCUACGCUCAAAUUUAUGAAAGCUUUAUUGUUGAAUAUUUAUUGACAGAUUUUAAUAAGUUC